AUGCAAAUUAGUAAGCAAAACCUGGAGAAAUCUUGUUCGUCAUUCAUCGUUCUCAAAGAUGCACUUCAUCGUCAUCUCUCAAAUCCUGAUUUUGAUUCCGAUAAGCUAAGUUUCCUCACUUUGACUCGGUCUGAAAUCGGAAAUAAUGAAAAUUUUCAGUAUUUAGAAUAUAAUCAAGAUAACGAGUCUACACCAAUUGAAAGCAUUAGAAGGAUUAAUUUAACAUCCCCGUUUAUCGAUACUAGAAUUGUUGGUUCAUGUAAUGGGAUUAAUUUAACAUCCCCGUUUAGCUAUACUAAAAUUGUUGGUUCAUGUAAUGGCUUGAUAUGUCUUUCUUCUGGAGGCAGAUCUUUGAAAGUACGACCUCAUUUGAUAUGUAACCCCAUCACCAAAGAAUAUGUUUUGCUUCCAGAAAUCAGGAUAAAUUGUGAUAUUAGUGAGUAUAUUGUGUCCAUGAGCGGAUUUGGUUAUGUUUCUUCGACCAGUGAGUACAAAGUUGUAGGAAUGUUUAUGUUGAAGAAGACCCAUCUUCUGGAAGUCCACAUUUAUACUAUAGGCAGUGGGUUUGGAUGGAGAAACAUUGGAAACUUCGAUUGUCAUAUCAACAAUUGUUCUUGGCAACAUAGACAAGGUAUCUUUGCUAAUGGAGCUCUUUGCUGGCUGAAGCUGAAGAACGAUAUAUCCGAAAUCAUUGCCUUUGAUUUGUCUCAGGAAAUCUUUUGUGAAAAUCUUUUGACACCUCCCUCGCCACCAGAGAGUUAUUCUUUAGGUAACAAAAUAGGGGUUUGGGACGGGUUUUUGUUUUUUGCUAUUUGUUCAGUUAUCGAAGGAGUCCUAAGUUAUGACGUGUGGCUACUCAAAAACAAGAAUGGCAAGCAUGGCAUGAAAGAUCAGGGAGAGGAACAUCAGUCAUUCAUUUAG